AAGAAAAAUUGAGAUGUUGAGGGAGUUCCUUCUAAUUAUCGCGGCUGGUUUCUGCUUAGGAAAUCCAGAUGCUAAAAGACUCUACGACGAUCUUCUUUCGAACUACAAUCGUUUAAUUAGACCCGUUUUAAACAAUACGGACACCAUCGUAGUCAAAUUGGGUCUUCGACUGUCUCAACUUAUAGAUCUUAAUCUCAAGGAUCAGAUUUUAACGACAAACGUAUGGUUAGAACAUGAAUGGCAGGACCACAAAUUUCAAUGGGAGCCAGCAGAGUAUGGAGGGAUGAAAGAGUUAUACGUCCCAAGUGAACAUAUAUGGCUACCGGAUAUCGUUCUUUACAAUAACGCCGAUGGUGAAUAUGGUAUAACGACAAUGACAAAAGCUGUUCUUCAUUACACUGGAAAAGUAGUAUGGACACCACCAGCUAUUUUCAAGUCAUCAUGUGAAAUUGAUGUUAGAUACUUUCCUUUCGAUCAGCAAAUAUGCUUCAUGAAAUUUGGAUCUUGGACUUACGACGGAUUUCAAAUAGACUUGAAGCACAAGGAUUCGAACGAGGGCGACGACAAAGUGGAAGUUGGAAUCGACUUGACGGAGUAUUAUCCAAGUGUCGAGUGGGAUAUUCUGAGCGUCCCGGCGGAACGACAUGAAAAAUAUUACUCCUGCUGUCUUGAGCCCUAUCCGGAUAUCUUCUUCAAUAUCACCCUUCGACGGAAGACUCUCUUUUACACAGUGAACCUAAUUAUUCCCUGCGUCAGCAUCUCCUACCUUUCGGUUCUUGCUUUCUACCUCCCAGCGGAUUCAGGAGAGAAGAUCGCCCUCUGCAUCAACAUUCUUCUUUCUCAAACAAUGUUUUUCUUGCUCAUCUCUGAAAUCAUUCCCUCGACGUCGCUGGCUCUACCCUUGCUGGGAAAAUAUCUCCUAUUCACGAUGGUUCUAGUUGGACUCUCUGUGGUCAUCACCAUCAUCAUCUUGAACGUGCAUUAUCGAAAACCGAGUACACACAAAAUGGCUCCUUGGGUGAGGAAAAUUUUCAUACGGCGAUUGCCGAAGCUGUUACUCAUGAGAGUUCCUAAAGAUCUACUCAAAGAUCUUGCAGCUCACAAGAUUUUUGGACGACGGUCCGGGAGCAAAAAGGAUAAAUUUAAGGAUGCUGUGUCAGCUGCUGUUCAAUCCGCUUCCAUUGUUUCGUCGCCGGACUCUAUUCGCUAUCCACGAAUAAGAGGUAAUUGUUGCAAUGGCUUACAUACAACAACAGCAUACAACAGAUUCCUUCUCGGAGGUCUAACUGGUUACAACGGCUUUCCAACAGUAAUGUCCGGCUUAGACGAGUCCAUGAGUGAUGUAACUGCCAGAAAAAAAUAUCCUUUUGAGUUGGAAAAAGCUCUUCACAACGUGAUGUUUAUCCAACAUCAUAUCCAGCGCACUGACGAAUUUAACGCUGAGGACCAAGACUGGGGAUUUGUGGCAAUGGUACUGGAUCGUCUCUUUCUUUACAUUUUUAUAACGGCUUCCAUCGUGGGGACAGUUACGAUUCUCGCCGAAGCUCCUGCCCUUUAUGAUGACACUAAAGCUAUUGAUAUGGAAUUGUCAUCUGUCGCUCAACAACAGCUCUUUCCAGGAAAAAUGCUGGAAAAACUCGAAAACCUGAUGCCUCGCUAAUUUAUAUUUUUUCAGAGUUCAUCUUUGCACGCCGAGGUUUUUCUCCCUUCUAAAAGAACUAUACAAUCACAAAACACUGUCUAUAUUUCUAUCUAGAUAAAAAAAUUUCUACUUUCGAAUACUAGCGUGGAUCUAGCGUUUGGGCGGAAUCGAAAUAUGAUAAAAAAAGUUUUAAAUCUCUUUCGAUUUCUUAAUCUUUAUUAUAUAC